ACCUUUUGAUUUAUUUUAGGUGGAAAUUAAUCAUGAUUCGACUGACGACUUUAGUUGCAAAAUUUAAACCGCAGAUUAUCAAAAGAUUUGCUCAGAAUAAUGCAGCUGUAUUUCAGCAUAGGUUUUACAGCAUGCCUGGAACUUCAGAACCUUUCCUGAGUGGAAGUAAUUCAAAUUAUCUUGAGGAAAUGUAUUAUGCCUGGCUUGAAAAUCCAAAGAGUGUACAUAAGUCCUGGGAUGCAUUUUUCAAAAAUUCCAAUAUGACGGCACCAGGAACAUCGUCAGACAGCCCACCCUUUCAAUCUUUAGUUCAGAGUCAAGGGAGAACACAAACUGCCGCAAAAGUUGAGAAACUGAUUGAAGAUCAUCUUGCAGUACAGUCAUUGAUAAGAACAUAUCAGAUCCGUGGGCAUACUGUGGCUCAGCUGGAUCCAUUGGGAAUCCUAGAUGCAGACCUGGACUCGUGUGUUCCAAUUGAUUUAAUUACUUCCAUGGAUAAACUUGGAAACUACGGACUUUGUGAAUCUGACUUGGAUAAAGUUUUCCGACUGCCUACAACGACCUUCAUUGGGGGAAAUGAAUCUGCAGUUUCAUUGCGUGAAAUAAUAAGAAGAUUAGAGGAUGCCUACUGUCGACAUAUUGGCUUGGAGUACAUGUUUAUAAAUGAUGUGGAACAAUGCCAGUGGAUCAGACAGAUGUUUGAAACACCAAAUAUCUUGCAGUUUACCAACAAAGAAAAAAGAAGGCUAUUGGGUCGUUUGAUCCGUUCAACAAGGUUUGAAGAAUUUCUCGCAAGAAAAUGGUCUUCUGAGAAGCGGUUUGGUGUGGAAGGAUGUGAGGUGUUAAUUCCUGCCUUGAAGACCAUCAUUGACGUAUCUAUUUCAAUGGGAGUAGACAAUGUAAUCAUGGGAAUGCCACACAGAGGCCGGUUAAAUGUGUUGGCUAAUGUAAUUCGGAAGGAUUUGGAACAGCUUUUCUGCCAAUUUGACCCAAAAUUGGAAGCUUCAGAGGAGGGAUCAGGAGAUGUUAAAUACCACCUUGGUGUAUAUCAGGAAAGGGUCAAUCGAACAACCAACAAACACAUAAUCAUGUCACUUAUGGCAAAUCCUUCACAUUUGGAAGCAGUCAAUCCAGUGGUACAGGGUAAAACCAAAGCCGAGCAGUUUUAUCGUGGAGACACUACAGGACAAAAGGUGAUGUCCAUCCUUCUCCAUGGUGAUGCUGCUUUUGCUGGCCAGGGCAUUGUGUACGAAACAUUUCAUCUUAGUGAUCUCCCAUCGUAUACCACACACGGUACGAUCCAUGUAGUUGUCAAUAAUCAGAUUGGGUUCACCACAGAUCCUCGUGUGGCUCGCUCAUCUCCUUACCCUACUGAUGUUGCACGUGUUGUGAAUGCACCAAUUUUUCAUGUUAAUGGUGAUGAUCCAGAAGCAGUGAUCUAUGUAUGUAAAGUAGCUGCAGAGUGGAGGAGCACACACAAUAAGGAUGUCGUUAUCGAUCUGGUUUGCUAUCGUAGAAGGGGACACAAUGAAGUGGAUCAACCCAUGUUUACACAGCCUCUCAUGUACAAACAGAUUCAACAACAAGUGCCUGUUGUGAAGAAGUAUGCUGAUCAAUUGAUAUCAGAAGGAGUUCUAACAUUACAGGAGUUUGAGGAGGAAGUAGCAAACUAUGAUAGGAUUUGUGAGGAAGCUUACACCAGAGCAAAAGAUGAGAAAAUUCUUCAAAUCAAAGAGUGGCUGGAUUCCCCUUGGCCAGGUUUCUUCGAUCAGAAUGGAGAACCGAAAAGUAUGACUUGUCCUCCAACAGGCAUUACUGAGGAUGUCCUGGAUCAAAUUGGGAAUAUAGCUAGUUCAGUGCCAGUUGAAAAUUUUAUCAUUCAUCGAGAGCUAUGUAUUAUUUUUUUUCCAGGUUUGUCUCGCAUUUUGAAAGGACGAGCAGAGAUGAUUAAGGAUCAAGUGGUCGAUUGGGCCCUGGCAGAGUACAUGGCAUUUGGUUCUUUACUGAAAGAAGGAAUACAUGUGAGGCUUAGUGGACAAGAUGUUGAACGAGGUACCUUCAGUCAUCGCCAUCAUGUAUUACAUGAUCAAGAGGUAGAUAAGAAGACCUGUGUGCCAAUGAACCAUUUGUGGCCAAAUCAAGCACAUUAUACAGUGUGUAACAGUUCGCUUUCAGAAUUUGGUGUCUUGGGUUUUGAGCUUGGAUUUGCUAUGGCAAAUCCUUAUGCUCUGGUCUGUUGGGAGGCUCAGUUUGGUGAUUUUUACAACACAGCGCAGUGCAUUUUGGAUCAAUUUAUAAGCUCGGGCCAAACAAAGUGGAUCAGAAAUAAUGGAAUUGUGCUCCUUCUACCCCACGGAAUGGAGGGGAUGGGUCCAGAACAUUCUUCAGCUAGACCAGAACGAUUCUUGCAGAUGAGUAAUGAAAAUUCAGAUGUAUAUCCUAGUUAUACGGAAGACUUUGAAGUAAAGCAACUGUUUGACUGUAACUGGAUUAUAGUAAACUGCUCCACACCAGCAAGCUACUUUCAUGUGUUGAGGAGGCAGAUCCUGUUACCAUUUAGGAAACCGUUGAUCAUCUUCACGCCAAAAUCUUUGCUAAGACACCCCGAGGCCAAGUCAUCUUUUGAUGAAAUGGCUACAGGUACAAGAUUCCAACGAAUCAUCCCAGACGCAGGGGUUGUAUCAGAUAAUCCAAAUGAAGUGAAGAGACUGGUUUUCUGCACUGGCAAAAUUUAUUAUGAGCUUGCAAAGGAAAGGAUAAACAGAAAUAUGGAGAAAGAAGUGGCCAUCAUCAGAUUGGAGCAGUUAUCCCCAUUUCCAUUUGACCUAUUGAAAAGGGAAACUGGGAAAUAUCCUAAUGCUGAAAUUAUCUGGUGCCAAGAGGAGCACAAAAACAUGGGCUACUACGACUAUGUGAAGCCUCGAUUCAAAACACUAUUGCAUUAUGAAAAAUCUGUUUGUUAUGUUGGGCGUGAACCUGCAGCUGCACCGGCCACAGGUAACAAGAAUGCUCACCUUGUAGAGCUGCAGCGAAUCCUGGACAGGUGUUUCAACUUCUAAACAUCUGGGACCGUGCUUUCUUAGGUCUUUCUUCAUCAGGUCAUAUAAAAUCCUGUGGACAUUGAAUUAGGUGUUAUUUCAAGGACAUUGAAUCUUACUGUGGUGGAAAAAAAUAUUACUCAAGUAAUUACUGUUCAUUUGUAUUGUCUUUAUUGCUGUCGUUCAUGUAAAUGUGAACAUUUUCAGUUAUUUUCUACUUUACUAUUAAGUUGGGGAAGUAAAAUACCACUUUAUGCAAAUUGAGGACCAGAUAAGAGUAUAUUCUUGAGUUGAUUUAUAUAUUACAAUUGUUUCUUAAUGCCAGCUAUAAAAAAUAUAUUACUGUUUCUCUAUAAUUUCAAAUAUUACCCUUUUGGGCUUCCUAUAAUAAUAUACCAUCAUAAUGUCAGCACUUAACUUUCUUGAUCUUCAAUUGUACAUGCAACAUUGCUAAUUUGCCCAUAAGGAAAUGGGAUACAAUGGCACAUGCUUCAUUCAUAAAGAAUAUUAUCUCUCUGCUCUCAGUGCAAUGAUGUGAUCAAUGGAGUGUACAAAUAGUGAUUUUAAAAUGUAACAUGUUCCAUUUGUGAUGAAAGACCUAGUGCAAUUUCAUCGUUUGUUGGAGAAAAAUUGCAUCUUCAAGUUUUAGAUUGACAAUCGCAUCUAUCAUCAAUGAAAGCACAAUUAUUCUAGGAGGGUUAUGCAUUUAUUGGAAAGGCUAGGCAAAGGAGAUUUACAUCAAAUCAACAAUACAAAACUAUUCAUUAUACUACUUGAUCUUAACCCAUCAAGAAAUAGGGACCAUUGAAGCACCUUUAGAAUAUAGGGAUAUUGAUUAAAACACUACCGUAUAUAAUUGUAAGUAACAAUUUAUCUGUCAAUAUAAUUGACCUGAAAAAUGCUAACAACGCAUGUAAAUGAAUAUUCUUCAUCUUUGCUUGUGGAAGAAAUCCUACAUUCCAUGGUUCAUUAUGCAGCAUUCUAUUUAAUUUCCAAAUUAGAUAGAUGAAUGUCUUUCUGAUCAAGUCACUGCCCUGCUAAAAAAAAUAAAAAAUUGGGGCGGUUUCAGCUAGCUUUAGAAGGGGUGCUAAUUAUCCUUUGUUAAAAUAUACAAAAUAAUAAGAUUUAUGUUUAAAUAUAGCUGAAUCCCUUAUUUUGUAAGUGAGGCAAGAUGCUAAUUUCUAAAUUUAAGAACAAAGUUGAACUUGCAAUUUGAGAUUGCAGAUCUUGCACCUUCAUAUAAAUGUUACCACAGUUUAUGUUGUGUAAUUGGUUACCAUUGCAGCAGCAGAGUUAGGUGAAGGUUAAUUGGAUAGGGAGUUGCUACAAAACUUUAUCUUUAUUUGUCACAGCAUGGAGCUGUAAAUGUAAUCUCACAGUGUGUGUCAGGAUUGGGAGCAAGGCAUAUUUUGAUUUCUAAUGUCACUCUCAGCUAACAUUGAAUAACCUCAAAUAGCAAAAUAAUUGUCUACGAUACUGCAAAGCUCUUACAGUAAUGAGGUGUUUCAGCUUGUGAGAAAAGUCCAAAAAAUAAAUCUGCAGGAGAAACUGUUAAUAAAUGUUCACUUUCAGUGGAAUGGAGGUGAUUAAAUCAAGUUGGCACUUUCUGAAAAUUAGCACUUGGCCAGCGCAGUUUACAUUGUAUGCAUUAAUGUAAUGCAUAAUAAAAAAUUAUAUUAGAGCAUAACUAUAUUUUUGUUUGUUAAAUUUAGCAAAAAAAAUUGAUGUAAAUAUAAACUGAUUUUACUUGUUUAAACCAAGAAAUAUUGCUUAUUGUCAAAGAAGUAUCAACGAUCCAAUGGUGACUCUACAAUGUAUGUGAGGCAAGUGAUGGAAACGCCAGCUCUGCAUAUGUCGGAGAAUAAGAAGUAAUUGACAAACAAUGUUACAUAAAAGAUUGAUGCAGCUAUGCAGAAUUUACAAUGUAUUUCCAUUGUUGGUAGGGGAUUGGUUAAUUUUAAGCUUGUUUGUAUUAUUAUCAUAUAGCUGUGAGAUGGAUCUGCAUUGAACUAUUGGUCAGUCCGUUUCUUCAUGGUGUGCAUUAAAGUCUUUUUUUAAUCA